GACAAUAUGACAACUCUGAAAGAAAUUCAAAUUUUCGAACCUGCUUACAACUACAUUGAUGACGGAAAAGAACAUGGGCUAUUGAGUAAAUUUGAACCAGGCACACGGGUAUUGCCAAAAGGCUAUCAGCUUGCCCCAAUGUUUCGUACUCUACCAGUAGAUAUAGUUUUAGAAAAGGAUGUUGCAGUAACUUUGCGUGACGGGAAAACAAUUUAUGUCGAUGUUUUUCGACCAGUUGUCACAGAAAAAGUCCCAGUUAUCAUUGCAUGGAGUCCCUAUGGCAAAAGUGGAGGAUCGGCCCCAAGAACUACAAACCUUUUCAAUAUGUUGGGUCUUAAUAACGGUAUGCUCUCUGGAUUAGCCAAGUUCGAGGGACCAGAUCCUGCCCAUUGGUGUGCUCAGGGCUAUGCCGUCUGCAAUCCUGAUGCACGAGGAAUUGCACAUUCAGAAGGCGACAUUAAUAUGAUUGGAACUCAGGAAGGAAGAGACUGUGCCGAUUUAAUCGAAUGGCUAGCCAUUCAGGAAUGGUGCAACAGCAAAGUAGCGAUGAGUGGAACAUCUUAUCUAGCCAUCUCACAGUGGUUUACUGCUGCCGAGCAACCACCUCAUCUGGCUGCAAUCAACCCAUGGGAAGGUUUAAGCGAUGCUUAUCGUGAUCUAUCUAUGCGUGGUGGGAUGCCAGAUCUUAACUUUACAAAACGUCUACAAGUCAAUCACGUCAGUGCUAAAAACACGAUGCGUGAAGAUGUUUAUGAAGAGGCAAUUAGUUAUCCUUUGGCUAAUAAUGCUAUUUGGGAAGAUAAGACUGCACGCUUAGACAAAAUUACUGUACCCGCCUACGUUGUUGCAAGUUAUUCCAACACUCUACAUACAGCUGGUACAUUCAGAGCUUGGCGAGGAAUGGCAUCUACAGAAAAAUGGCUUCGUAUCCAUAAUACCCAGGAGUGGCCCGAUUAUUACACAGAUGAGAAUAUGGAAGACUUACGCCGUUUUUUCAAUCACUAUCUCAAAGGAGAGAACAAUGGUUGGGAACAAACACCUCGUGUUCGUUAUGCAAUACACGACUUUGAAGGUGGCGACCUUAUUAAUCAACCAGCAAGCGAAUUUCCACCGAAUGAUGUUACAAAUCAAAAGUAUUACCUUGAUGGCAGAUUCCGUAAGCUUACCACUGAGAUUCCUCCACAAGAAGCAAAGGUUAUCUAUGACACUGAAUCUGAUCCGGGACUUGCUUCUUUCAUUGUACGUUUCGACACAGAAACUGUUAUGGUCGGCUAUCCUAAAGUGCAUCUUUGGGUUGAAGCUGAGGGAGCAGACGAUAUGGAUUUGUUUAUUCUCGUUCAAAAACUGGACGUUCAUGGCAAUCAUCUGCAACAAUUUAUCGUGCCUAAUCAAGGUGCUAUGAUGCAAGAUCUCACUGAGCACGGUGGGUCUGUAUUAAGAUACAAGGGAUCAAAUGGACGUCUGCGUGUUUCGGCACGUCAUUUGGACGAAAAACUAUCAACCAAUAUUGUUCCAGCCCACAGCUUUGAUCGUGUAGAGAAACUUCAAGCGGGAGAGAUUGCAGAAAUCGAAAUUGAUCUUUUCCCAAUUGGUAUGGUCUUCUAUCCUGGCGAACAGUUGCGAUUGGUGGUUAGCUCUAAAAACGAUUUGGGAGCAAUUAUGCCAGGAACACCUGCUUAUAUUCCAGAAAACAAAGGAAAGCACAUUAUUCACACAGGCAAAUCACACGCCUCAUAUCUGCAACUACCUAUCAAAAAAUCAGACUAGAUGCCUGUCACAUGAUACUGGACCAAAUUGUUGUUACCAAGAGAUUGAGGUUUAAAUUGUAAUAUAAUAAAUAUUUAUUUCUAUCAGC